AUUUGACAGUUUUUCCGCCAUAGCGUUGAUUCAGUGUUAUCAAACACUAAACAGUAAAUUAAAUUAGAUUUAUUUAUUUAAAUUAAUAUGGCUAUUGUAGAAGAUGAAGUGCGGAAUGGCUCUGAAGGGGAAGAUGAAAUAGAAGUUGUUGUUGAAGAAGACGACGGAGAGGUAGAUUCUGAUGAUUCGGACGAUGAUGACGAUGAUGAUGAUGAGGAAGCUUUGGAAAAGAAAGUAGCAGAUUUAGAACGUAAGAUAGAUGAAGAUCCAUAUAAUUACGACGAUCACAUUAAUUUAAUUCAAGCCUUAUGGGGUCUAUCAGAAUUGGAUCGCUGGCGAACGGCUUUUGAUAGACUUCAGAACUUAUCAGUGCUGAGAGCUGAACACUGGUUAACGAGGAUACAAACAGAAGAAUCCCUGGCUCACUCUGAAGAAUCUAAAGAUCAUAUUGCCAACUUGUUCAAGCUAGCUGCACUGGAUUGUUAUUCAAUACCAAUUUUAAGUGAAUGGUGCUCAUGGUCCUUAACUGCUGGAGAAGUCGAGAAUGCUCGUAACCAGCUUGAGGAGGUCUUACGAAGGGCAGGUGCUGAUCCACUCUCUGGAAAGAUCUUUUGGGAUGCUAAACUCGAAAUGGAGAAAGCUCAACUGGAAAAUAUGAAUCAGGAUAAUACAGAGUAUAAAUCUCAGAGGAAGAGGAUAUUAUGGUGUCUUGAAGAAACCGUUUCUAGGCCUCUUUUAAGAGGAGAUGAAGCAUGGCAACCCUUGCAGGAGUUGGCUCUUGAUUUAUAUGACCAAGAGUAUGUAGAUAAGAUAAAAAAGCAACAUGAUGCGGCAACAGAUUAUUUACAAAAAAUAACACCAUUUGAAGACAGACUAUUAACAUUAGAAGAUGCAGACGAAAAAUGUAAGGCAUAUGAAGAAUAUAUAGAAACAGUGAAGGAGUUGUCUCAAGAGGAAAAGUAUGCAGAUUGUGACAGUAAUGGAAUUUUAAAAGUGCUCUACGAGCGAGCGACAACCGAAUGCCUCGGGUGCGAGGGCGCGCACGCGCUGCUCCAGGCGUACGCGCGCCACGUGCAGCGCACGUCGUCGCGGGAGACCAUCGCGCGCGUGCUGGACGCGUGCGUGCGCAGGUGCCCGCGCCGCGCCACCUUCUGGAUACUGAAGAUGCAGCAGGCGGAACAUGAGGAGAGGGACUUUGACGAGGUCAAAUCGAUUUUUGAGACUGCAUUAUCAAAGGGUAUGGAUUCGUACAAAGACGGUGAGGCUCUGUGGCUCAGUUAUUUGGAGUUCACUCGGCGACGGACUGCAUUUGAUAAUGAACCUGAUGUAGAAAGACUUAGGAGAACAUUUAGACUGGCGUGGGAUUCUCUAGCCGAGGCUUGGGGUGAUGAAGCCAACGACUGUGAAGUGCCAUUGUUUUGGGCACGAUUGGAGUAUAGCAGGAUGAAUGACCCAAAGCAAGGAAAAGAGAUUUUUGAGGAAAUAUUCAAGUACGGCGAGAACAAAACCCUCUCGAAGUACUGGGAGGCGCUGAUCCAGCUGGAGCUGGCGCGGUGGGGCGGGUCGGGCGAGCGGCGCCUGCGCGAGCUGCACCGGCGCGCGCUGCGCUGCGUGGCCGACUACCCGCCCGCGCUCGCCGCGCUCUGGACGCACUUCGAGCGCGACCACGGCCAGCUGCACACGGCGCUCGAGUGCGCCGACCUGUGCCAGGCCAAACUCAAAGAAUGGCGGGACAACUAUCAAGCGAUGAAAGAAAAAAUGACCGGUCAGAAACAAAAGGGCAAACAGGGACAGGGUAAGAAAAGCAAAAUGGACAAUAAAAAGAAAGCAAAAGACACGAAAGCGAACAAAGGCAAAAGGAAAUCAGAUGAGAUUGCUGAAGGUAGUGAAGUGAAGAGGAAAAAGGAGGGAAAUAUGGAAGUGGAUGUAAAAGAAAAGGACGCAGAUAGUGCGAGCGGUACCAAGCGAGCUCAUGAAGAUGAUGAAGAAAGUGGAAAGAAUAAACGUCAAAGAACAGAGAGCGAGGAGAGUGCCCGGCGGCUCGGGACGCGGGAGGCUUGCACGCUGUUCGUUAGCAACCUCGAGUUUAAAACGGACGAACAGAGCCUACGCGACAAAUUGUCAGAAUUCGGCAAGAUAGUGUCUUUGCGAUUGAAGUCUGGUGUGAAAGCGUUCGGCGGCUCCAUAUGCUACUGCCAGUAUGAAACCCCUGAAGCAGUAGACGAAGCGCUGAAACACGACAGAGCACCACUCAACGGUCGCCCGAUGUUCCUGUCACGAUACUCCGCGAAAAAAAGCACGCCCACGUUCAAGUAUCCAACGGAUGUCGAGAAGAAUAAGUUGUUCGUGAAGAACCUGCCCUAUUCGCACUGUAAUAAAGAAUCGCUCACUGAAAUAUUCGAUAAGCACGGGGCUCUGCGGGACGUUAGGGUUGUCACUUUUAAGGACGGCAAACCCAAAGGCCUCGCUUACAUAGAGUACGAGGACGAGGGGUCGGCGGCUACCGCGUUGGAGAAAACAAACGGUUUGCAAGUCGCCGAUAGAUCCAUACAAGUGGCCAUUAGCGCGCCGCCGCCCAAGAAGGAUGACGCCACGGCUACUCUAGGGCUGCCCAAACGCGACACGGGUGGGGGCAUGCGGCGGACACAACUUAGCAGUUUUAUACCCAGCGUCCUCCAGAAACCCACAGCCAGUACUUCGAACGGCACUUCCACCAACGGCGACAAACGACCGCUCUCUAACACUGACUUUAGGAAUUUACUACUUAAGAAGUGAAAUAUUUAUUGGCAUUAUAAUACUAACUGUUCUAAUUGGCAAGAAAUCGUACGAACAUCACGAAUAAGUUAUCAUAGAUAUACCUAUUGAAUUUGUUAAGGAAGUGAACUAAACUAAGAACUGUUCUAUUUGGUAAGAAAUCUUAUAAGCAACAUUACAAGUUAUCGUUGGUACGUUGUAUAUUAUGUAUGCCAAGUUCAAAUUCAACAUUUAUACUAAGAAAGAAGUGGUAUAAUAAGAUUGUCCUAACACUAAAGCCAAUAAUAAUUAUUGUAGGAAUUGAUCCACGCGUUAUAGUUACAUUAUAUUUUUAUGGUUAGUGCUGUAUUUGCAAAAAUAAAAAGAUUAUACACUUUUUCCAUAUACUGAAUCGAUUCAAUGAUUUCAUUUAUAGUGGUGCUUUUAUAACAUAAUUAGCGACCGAGCUAUCGAUAUUCGUACGGAAUAAAAUGAAUACAUUGUUAUGUAACUUUCAAAUCUUGUCGCAUAUGUUGUUCGUACGAUAUCGUGCCAAUUAUAACAACGUUGUAUCGAAUCAUUCGGGUAAAAUUGCAUCAGCAAUAAACUUUAUAUAGGCUUCGUUUUAGAAUAUGAAUAAACCCCUGUGUACACGGCAUUCAUGGCUUUAUUUUAUUUAGUUCUAUAUCAUUUGUUUCGCGAUUUGUAAAGUUAUAGAAGAAAGAAAUUGCGUAAAUGUUAAGUUUUACAGUGUAUACUGAAAAUUUAUUGAUACAUAUUUGUUUCAUUGUGUAGAUGGUAAAAUAAAUUUCUUUUUCUUCCAUAUUAAACUUAUGAACUUCCAAUUAGAUAUAUGAAUGGGAUCAGUGUUAUAAACCACAUUUGGUAUGUUUUAAGCAAAACAAAAAUAAAGAGUUUUUUGUUGUAUUAUAUUAUAAACCGAUGCAAAUUACAACAGAUUUCCCUAACAACAACUUUUCUUUUGCUCUGGCGCUGCUAUCAUUUGUAUUUUACUCAAGAAAUAACUUAAGGUGUUAUUAUUUUAUAUAUAAUAUUUUGGACAAAUCUUGAACAAGUUGGAUAGAAAAACGAAUUAUUUAAAUAAAGAAUGCGCCCAGUUUGUCGUUUACCUUCUCGAGCAUUUCCCAAAAUUUUAUAAAAUGAAUAUUAGUCACACCUUGCGCCAAAUUUAAUUAAUAUGCUGCUCUAAAUUUGCUGUACUUGUUUGAAAUGUUCGUGUUAUAAAAAACAAAUCUUUGCAUCUAGUGUGAAUGGGAUGUUAAAGAUAUUUAUAAUAUUUUGUUACAAUUUCAAGUAAGUUUUAUGAACUGUUUCACAAUGGUUCGGUCUAUUUAAACAAGGAUAUGUAGAGUUGCAGUAAUUUUGGAAGUAAAAGAAACUAAAUCUGCAUCUAGAUUUAUAAUACUGACCUAAACGUUUUGGUCUUGCGAUAAGAGUCAACGUGUUUUUAUAUGUAUAAAUGUGUGCUAUGAAACGUGUUUGUUUCAAAUCCCAACUGUUCCCGCUAUAUAUAACGUAUGUCGUGUUACGUGAUUCUAAUAAAAAUUGUUUUAUACUUA